AUGGCAGUCAAAUGGACUGGUGGACAUUCAUCCUCUAUAUUGUGCUUGAACGUAAACACGGAAGGGCUGGUGGCUUCAGGCGCGGAGAGAGGCGAGCUCACGCUCUGGGAUGGGGGAGGCGCUCUGGCAGGACAGCUCCAGCUCCCGAAGGCAGACGACGUGGCCUCUGUGGUGUUCUCUCCCCGCUGUCCCACCAGUCUGUACACCUCCCACGGAGAAACUGUCAGUUUGCUGGAUGUCCGAUCCCUCAAGAAACCUGUUGAACACUUCCAUGUGAACGAGGAAGAGAUCAACUGCCUCUCAGUGAACGAGACCGACAGUUUCUUGGCUGCGGCAGAUGACUCAGGGGCAAUAAAGGUUGUGGACUUGGAGAACAAGAAAGUCAGACGGUCCUUGAGACACUCAAACAUCUGCUCCUCUGCUGUCUUUCGACCUCAGAGGCCUCAAAGCCUGGUUUCCUGUGGACUGGACAUGCAGGUUAUGCUGUGGAACCUGCAGAAAGCUCGCCCCUUGUGGACCACAAACCUGCAGGAGUGUGAAACGGAGGAAGACAGCCCACAGUCAGCUGGCCAGCUCUUUAACCCACCACUUGCACAUUCCCUGACUGUCGCAUCGUGCGGCAACAUCUUUGGCUGCGGAGCUCAAGACGGUAAAGUUAGGAUAUUCAGAGUCACUGGUGUCAAGUUUGAACGUGAGCUGGAGUUUCAAGGUCACAACUUGGGAGUAUCGCAGGUCCUUUUUAUGCCAGAAGCAUACUGGUUGUUGACCGGAGGCAAUGACGGGAAAGUCUUGCUCUGGGAUGUCAGCAAUGACGUUGGAAAGCAGCAAAAAAGUCCAGCAAAAUCUCUGCAGAGAAGGAAGGCCCAGGCACCUGCUUCCACCAGGAAAGAUGGGAAGCUCAACAAAGUGGCUUCAAAUGAACAUGCUAGAGUUUUACCAAAGCUAACCAUUGAGCACGGAGAGAAGGUGAACUGGAUCUCGUGCGCAGAGCUGAAAGGCUCCAAGAGAGUAUUAGUUGCUGAUCAGAGUAGUUCUGUAUCUGUGUAUCCAUUGCCAGAACCUUAG